CUCUCCUCCUCCCCGGCUCGGCGGUUUCCGCGGGUGAUUUCCUUGCCACCCGUUCCAUGCAGCCCUUCCGCGGUGGAAGCGUUUCUGCUCCAGGGACGACGGUAGCAGCGUGAGACCUGCCGUGCCGUAGCCUUGCGCGCCUGCCCGCUUUGGAUGGCCCUGUGGGUGUCGCGAACGGCGGGACUACUGUAAUAUGCUCACUCGGAUGAAGUCUGCCAUGGCCAAUUUGGUGGGAGGCAUAAUGUCUGGCAGCUCGGGUUCGGAGCCCGGCGGGGGCUUGGAUUUGCCUCCCCGUUUUCCUUACGGCAGACCCGAGUUCCUGGGGCUCUCUCAGGACGAGGUCGAGUGCUCCGCCGAUCACAUAGCCCGACCCAUCCUCAUUCUCAAAAAGGAGACCGAAUGCUUGCCCUGGACCACGGGAUACGCCGAGCCUGUGCUGCAGUGAUGAUGUCUAGAAUGUUUGCCAUUGAUCCCUUUCAUUCUCAAAAUUUUCCAUCUUCCCUGCACAUGAUCCAUGUCAC